AUGACUCUGAACGCUGCUUUGGCGAUCUAUACAGCUCUGUUUUACCUUUCCAGCUUCGCCGUCGGUGACUUUUGCAGCAACACGCCGACCUCCAGAUCUUGCUGGGGUGGAUAUAAUAUCUCAACAGACUAUUACUCAGUCACACCAUAUACCGGUGUUACGCGAGAGUUCUGGCUUUCGGUGCAGAAUCAAACGUUGGCUCCAGAUGGCUACGAACGAACGGUUCUGACUGCCAACGGUACAUUACCGGGCCCCUUAAUUGAGGCUGACUGGGGCGACGAUUUUAUAAUCCAUGUGACCAACAAGUUCACGAAUAACGGAUAUCCCAUUCUAUAUCCAAGUUUUUUACUCCAUCCCAUGCGGUGGCUUAUUCAACAACCAGGACUACAACUCACUGGCAUGGUAUCCACCAACAAGGGUCAAAUUCAUAUGAUGUACGGCACAUCAUGGUACCACUCACACUGGGAUCUUCAGCUCGCGGAUGGUCUUUACGGUCCAAUAGUCAUCCAUGGUCCCGCAACUUCAGAUUAUGAUAUUGAACUCGGGCCUGUAUUCAUAACAGACUGGUUUCAUGAGACAGACUUUCAAUCUGGGAAGAGAAAACAAGAUACGGAGGAUUCCCAGUACGCCAAAAUGCAGACCCACAGAAUGGCCUUAUAA